AUGACACGCACUGUACUUUCAGCUCGAUCAAGCUCUGCUUCAUCCUCUCCGUCUGGGAAUGCCACGCCAACAUCAGGCAGUAGUCCCAGCACGCUUGCUUUCCGAGCGGGAAGCGAAGAGGGAAGCGGAAGCGACAAUGUCCGUUCAAUUACUCGAGGUGCCUUUGAACCAAGCCAAACACCUACUUCCGAGCCCAUCGCCUCCGUAGAGAGGAGUCCAAGCCCGGCAUUCACUUUCACUGCGGGCUGGAGCAGCUCAGGAGCGACUACGCCGAAAUCUUCAACUUUUGGCCGAUCCUCAACGCCGUCCAUAUCGAUCUCGCUUCCGCCUCCAGUCACUCCCGCGACGACGAGCCAUGCAUUACCAUCCGAUGCAAGGGGUGAGAGUCUCACACGGGGGCUGCAAGACCUUGAGCUUUCGAGCAGACAAUCUUCCGGAGAGCCGAGGGUAGCCUUGGACUUGAGGGAAAUUGGGGCCGCCAUCGAUGCCCUCACCACAGACACGAACUCCAACAAUGCACCACUGAACAAUGGGGCCCUUAUUUCGUCGCCACGGGGACCCUCACGAAGACGGUCGACUCCGCGUCAAGGGCCAGUCACCCACAAGGUCGAGGACGAAGAGCCUCCGAGUGAUGAAUUUCACCGUCCAGCCUUUCAGAGGCGCUUGAACGACACGAGGAAGCUCCUCGGCGAUUUGACGGACGUUCUUUCCAGUAGCUCUGUCCACCUCGAGCCUGAUUCCACCAUGAAGACCCUGCACGAACGCGCCACGAAAUUGAGUUGCUUUCAGCCACUAUCGACUCGGACAGUAGGCUUCGUGGGCGACUCUGGUGUUGGCAAAAGCAGCCUGCUAAACUCCCUGUUGGACUCUCGGGGUCUAGCACGAACGACCAACAAUGGUGCCGCGUGCACUUGCGUCGUGACCGAGUACCACUACCACGCUGAUGAUGAGUUUGUGAUCGAGGUGGAGAAGUUCAACACCGAAGAACUUCAUGAGCAACUGGCCGAACUGCUAGGCUGUUACAGGAAUUUCCAUCAACACGGCGAGAGCCUGGACGAAGAAGCGCGGAAGGAUCUCGAGGCGAGGGCAAACAUUGCCGCAGACACGUUUCGAGCAAUGUUCCGCGGCUUCCUGCAGGAUGACGACUGGCUUCUCGAAGAGUCGCAGGAUGUCAUCGUUGAUCAGUUCCAUGACUGGAUGACAAGUGCUAGUGGUCUCCAAUCGCCGUCGAGGCAGGUGGUCACUUCACUGGAACAGUGUUCCUUGCUGCUGAUGCAACUGACAUCGGAGGUGCCUGACGCUCAGAUGCAUGCAACCUGGCCGUAUAUCCGGAAGAUAAAGGUAUUCCUCAAAGCACACAUUCUCAGCAAAGGACUCAUCUUGGUGGAUCUUCCCGGGCUCCGCGAUUUGAAUUCUGCGCGACGCAACAUUACCGAACGGUAUAUACGAAAUUGCCACGAGAUAUUUGCCGUCUGUAACAUCGGCCGCGCCACUACGGAUGUAGGCGUCAAGAGUGUUUUUGACCUCGCACGAGACGCGCGGCUCAGACACAUUGGCAUUGUUUGCACGAAGUCUGAUGACAUCGAUCCCGAGGAGAUAAAAGACGACUGGGGGAAAGAGCCGGGCCGAAAAAUCAGGAAACUGCUGAAAUCGCUUCGCUCCAUUGAGAGAGAGUUGAAGGAAACUGAUGAGGAACUGGAAACUUUCCAUGACUUACCGAACAUGGGACCUGAAACCCACCAGGAGCUGCUGGAGCUUCUCGAGGAUAGGCGGAACAUUGAGAAGCAACGCAAUGCCGAGGACUAUGAGUUGAAGAAAUACGCCAUCGAAAUGCGCAACGCAUACGUCGUGAGGCGACUGCAAGAGACUUAUCAGGGCCACACAACAGCAGAGACACUCCACAUCUUUUGUGUUAGCAACACCAUGUACUGGGAACGGCGCAUGGCUGAAAAGUCGGUAGCCGAGCCAUUCCUCAGCCUCUCAGGCAUUGUCGCAAUCCGGAAGCACUGCACCGCCAUGGUAUCGUCCAGUCAGCUGCGCACAUCGAGCAGUUUCCUCGACAACGAUGUACCAACUCUGCUGAGCGAGAUCGAGCUUUGGGUGCAGUCCGGAUCGGGAAGUAGCUCAGCCGAGCAGAAGGAGGCUGUCAGGCGUGUCCUGUAUACGUUCGAGGAGCAACUUCACAAGGUUCAUUGA